GCCCGCAAGCGCGUCCUGGAUGAGAUCGACAAGAUCCCGAACCUCAGAGACCUCCUCUCCCGAGACAUGGCCGAGGUCAGGAAGGCAGUGGGCGAGGGCGCGAUGAAGGCCGCCCUCAUUGGCUCCGUGAAUCUCGCCCAGCCCGAUGAGAAGCUGCGCCGCCAGAACAAG